UCAUAUGAGUUUUAUCUUGUUCCAAGCAAGACACAGCUGACUGGCCGACCGACUCUAGGUGAGACUUCGCGAAAAGGAUUGCAGCGCCGUUGAGUUCAUGUUGCUCACCGCUGAGGCCCCCGAGAGCUCAGCCAAAGCCAAGAAUGGAGGACGAGGAGGCGGAGUUAUCCCUUCUUGCGGAUCUGGUGCAUAUCGAGAUCGGACGACGGGAAAAACGACCUCAUUGUAACAGAUGCUGUCGACCUGUGGCUGUGUGCUGGUGCCAGAGUCUUGACAAGCAGAUAGUGGAGACAUCAUGCCGGGUAGUGAUACUCCAGCACCCGCACGAGGAAAAGCGUUGCCUUCGCACUGCCCCAAUGCUGCAGGCGGCUCUCCCCAAUGGAGCCUAUAUGCAAGUCAAGGGAAAGAGGUUCUCAUUGACAAGGUAUCCACAGCUAACAGACAUAUUGACAAGUGAGAAUUCAAUUUUAAUGUAUCCCGGAGAAGAAGCUAUGAGCCUAGAAGAACUACCUCCUGUAGGGAAGAACCAGCCCCCAUACAACAUAAUUAUCAUCGAUGGGACAUGGCAGCAGGCUAAAUCAAUGUUCCAUAAUUGUCACCAGCUCCAUUCAUUGAAGCAGGUGAGAUUGACUGGGAAGUACACCAGCGAGUAUGUCAUCCGCACACAGCCCACCGAAGAUGCUCUCUCAACAGUUGAGACAGCUGCCAUUGCUCUGGCCACACUUGAACAAAAUUGGUCAAUUUAUGAUAUUUUGGUGCAACCACUACAACUCCUUUGCCAGUACCAGAUGAAUCACGGUGCAGUGCCUCACCAGAGCAAAGAGUACAUGAUUGUAUCGGGACUCUACAAGAAGCCACUUGGAAAAAGAACCUACAAAAAACUACGUAAAUGUGGGGCCAAACAGGGUGAUACUCUGUCUGAAUUCAUGGACUCGCUGGUGAACGGAUACGAAAAUCAUGAGGAGGAGAAUGAUGACAGUGUGCACAGUACCCAUGAUUCAAGCCCUGCAGACCAAAGCAGAGAGGACGCACAAGAAGAGAAUGACCAUUUUUGUCAAUUGGAUGAGGAAUCUGAAGUUUCGCAGUUUGAUUAUACCCCUUCAGAUGGGAAGCUCAUGUCUUAUGAUGAGAUCAGAUGAUACAGUGUCUGUCAGAUAGGGCAUAUCUUUGGUAUAAUUCCUUUGUGAAGUAUAUAGGUGACAUCUACAUGUUAAAUGCUAGAGCAAGUUGUGAGUUUGGCAGAUUGUUAAAGGUUGUGCUUUUUGCUUCAAAGGAUAGUCUGCCAAAAUUAAGCAAAGAUGAGUGUGAAUUUCUCUUGUGUGGAAACAGUUUAGUUUUCCAGUUUUCAUAGUCAUAGACAAUUUGGAUCUCGCUUAACUAUAGGCUAUAACGAAUGUAUUGUGGCCAUGUGUAAACAGUGAAUAAACAAUAUGGAAGAAAUGAAUUCUUUUAGAGCUGAAAAUCAUGUCAUAAGUUGCAGGAAAUUUGAUUGAUGUCAGUACAUGGAAAAUAAUAAUAUUCUCAGAGAUAUAGCAUUUCUCAUAAGAAAGAAAUAUAAACUUGCAUUGGGUCUUGAGCAAGUAUUCAUGCUUUCAUAGUAUGUGGAUUUAUUAUCUGAGUGAUCAAGACAGUGGAAGAAACAUCAAGUGUAGGAAUGCUUAACCCAGUGCUCCCGGGAAAAUGUUGUGGUCACUAUAGUAUUGUGAAAUGUCUCUUCACAUAGAUGGCUCUGCCAGCGCUUAGCCUCAAAGGAGUCAGUUAGUAGACCUUGUGACCUCAACUGUUUUCACCUUUCCUUGAGUUUGUGGGGAUUUUUUUUUUUUUACUAAUGCUUUCAAUAUUGAUACUGUUAAUUUUAUCACAAAAAUCGCAAGUACUGUAGUUUUUACUAACAGCAAUAUUGAACACCAAAAUAUAUUAUCAAAAAUCAAGGAAAAGGGUGAAUAAGUGAGAUUGCUAGUUCUUUUAAUUAGCUCAUUGGUAACAGAGUACUUGUGGAGCCAUCUAUGUGUAAAAACAGUUACUAAAUGAAACACACAGUGGGCAUGGCAUGUACGCACAUGCCAAUCCUGACGGUAUAUGGUUAAUGAAAGAAAUUGACAGUUAAGUCUAGUAUUGCCCAGCUCAACACUGAUAAUAGAUUGAGUAUUUUGUUUAUCAUUUAGUUUUUUUGCAAAGAAUUUCCACUUUAUAUUCUGUUUAUCUAAUUAUUAACAAAAAUGCUAACCAAACUGAAAUACAUUAAGAAGAGUUAUAGAAGGGAGUUUCUUGAAACUAAUAUUUUUCUGUUAAUGUUACUAUCAUCAUUAUUAUUUUUAUUAGUGUUAAUAUUAUUAUUAUCAUUAUUAUCAUUAUUACUACUUUAGUUAUUGUUAUUAUUAUCAUUAUUAUUUAAUGUUAUUUUUAUUGUUUAUAUAUGAUAUUGUUAUCAUUUAUCUUUUAUUAUCAAUUCUGUUUGAACUCGCUGUUAAUAGUGAUAUUCCAAGUACUGUUCUUUGUAAAAUCCCUUUAUUAUGAUCUUUGUGGCUGUGUACCAAAUUAGAUGGCAAAUAUAUAAAUGCAACCUAA